UAGCCGGCUAGCUUUCAGCUUAGAAAAGUAUCUAAGACCGAGCCAGCUUGCACAGAAGAUACCGCUAAAUGCUUUUAACGCAAUUUGCCAAACGCUUAUACAUUUUCGAGCAGAUCCGUUUGACGCACCUUAUCUGUGAAGCGCGGAAGACGGUGUCUGAAAUGGUUGUCUGGCUCUUUAUUGUUGCUAAGGAGUUAGCUAGCCAUGUUAGCUAACCUUACUGUUUUGUAGCUAAAACAGUAACAGUUAACCUAGCUAACAGUUAGCAAGCAGAACCAGCGAUACUGUACCUCGAAUAAGGGAUUUAAUUUCACCCGAGGAAAGUUUUGCUUGAUUAAAACCAGCAGCACACGUCGCAUCAUCAGGCUCUGCACCAUGUCAAUAGAUUUUGACAGUGCAGCUCUUCAAACCCAACAUGACGAGGAAGAAUACGACCAGGAGGAUUAUGCAAGAGAGCAAGAGUUGCACAAGCUGCUCACAGACCUGCCUGAUGACAUGCUGGAAGACAGCAGGGACUCCUCCUCCCCAGAACCGGAAUACUCUCCCUGCAACAAUAAAAACAUUGACAAUAGCCCACAGUCCACAUGGAAUCGGCAUUGUGAAUGGUCAGCUCAAACAAGACCUGCCCCUCAUGCUGAGAACUAUCACGUUGACUAUGAGCAUGGCGCUGAUCAUGAGUAUGCCUAUGGGAAUGGAGCUGGUCACCCACAAAGUCAACCUCUGCCUCAUACCUGGAACCAGCAGUCUGAGGCUUGUCAGUUCAACCAAGGAGACUAUAAAUACUCCAGCAUGGGCACAGAAAAAUCUACAGAGAAUUUUGACUGUCCUGGAUCAGGGGACAGGAGGGUGGAUCAGUACAAGGCCAGCUAUAACCCUCACCAACCUGCCUGCCAGCCUCCAAUGUUUAACUCGCAGGAUGCUCACCAAGAAUGUCACUUUGACCAUCUGCAGAGAGAAUUCCUCGACUCGGCACAGAAUACUGCUGAGAGGGAGCAGCUUGCCCAGCUGCAGAUUUUAAACAAGGCUCAGCAGAGACAAAUAGAAGAGUUGGAGCGAAAGCUAGAGGAUUCAAGGCGCAAUAUGAGAUACCUUGAGCAUCAGUUUGCAAUAGUCAAAGAUGAAAAGGAUGGCUUAGCAGUAAGUCUUAAGGAGUCCAGUCGAUUGAUUGAAGAGGCCAAGGAGAGAGAGGUUCAAAUGCAAAGCAAAGUGAUGUCACUGGAGCAGCAGGUGCAGGCACUGAAUGAGAGGGACCAUGAGAACAUGAAGAAGCAGAGGGUGGCGGAGGCUGCAGUAGACAGCAUGAAGCAGCAGAUGUUGGAGCUGUGUCGCUCUGACACCCUGUCCAGAGUGCGGGAGCAGCAUGACCGAGACCUUGCAGUUAUGAGGGAACAGCACGAGGCUGUACUACUGGCAGAAAAGCAGAAGCUUGACUCAAGCUCUCAGGCACUGAAGGAACAGACUGACAUUAGCCAGAGGUUACGGGAGCAGUUGAAGCAGCUUGAGCGCCAGAGAGAGGAAGACCAACUGGAGAGAGCUGGAGUCAUCAACACCCUCACUCAGCGUCUGGAGGAGAGUCAACAACAGUGUGCCAAGCUGCUGCAAACAGGUUCAGUGCAGGAGAUGAGUCAGAUGCAAAUCAAACUACAGCAAGCUCAGUCUGCCAAAGCCUUGAGUGAAAAUAUGACCAAAGUUUUACAGGAGGAUCUGUCAGAAUUGAAGGAGCAGAUCACAAUCUAUGAAUCUGCAGUGAAGCAUGGUGUUAUUGCGUUAGAACUGAAUGGUGACUGGGAGAACCAGCUGUCUGAAUCCUGUAUGGAUUUAGGAUUGAAGAGAGCGAACUGGAAAAAUGGCCAGCUUCACAGUACUGCGCUGGCUGACCUUUCGGACCCUAAGUUGUCCAAGGACGAGGUGCUACAGGAGCUGAAGGCUGAGAUGCAGCGCUGCCUGGCCAGUCUGAAGGGGAAGAGGCAGAAGAUCAGCCACCUUCAGGAGGAGCUGCAGCACUCUGAGGCCCGUGUGGAUGAGCUGCAGACCCAGCUGGAUGAAGCCCAGCUUAGCUCUUCGGUAAGAGGGACUAGCCAGUUCAAGCAUCUGGACGUGAAUGGAGCAUCUCAGAAAGACUUGAUACAAGUGCAGCAAGACAAACAACAUUUACAGGAGAAAGUGCAGUCCCUCGAAAAGAAGAACAAGGAGCUGAAGCAGAGUGAGGAGAAGGUUAGGGCUGCCAACUUGGAGCUGUGUACCAAGAUGAGGGAGAUGAUCCAAGAGUUGGACCAGGAGAAGCAGGAGGCUGCUGAGAGGUCGGAGCGUAUUCAGCAGCAGUACAGGGACGACGUGGUGAACCGGGUCAGAACAGAGCUCAUACUGCAGCAUGAAGCUCAGAUCGAUCAGCUCACUGCACAGCACCAGCAGCAGAUCCAACAGCUACAAACCCAGCUGUCUGAGGCCAAUGACAAGAUGGUGGCUGUGCAAGAAUGUUACAUAUCAGUCUGCAAGGAGAAGGACCUGCUUGAAGAAAGCCAACACCGCAGGGAGAGGGAGGAAGCUUUAAUGAGAGAAAACGAGCAAAAGAUGAGAGAGGAGAGCAGUGUGGCUGUGGAAAAGCUGAGGACUGAACUGGAGGCACAGCAUCAGGCCUCAGUAAUCAAGCUCAAAGCUCUCUGGUCCAGAGAGAAGGAGACAGAGAUCCAACAGCAGGUAGCCUCAGCCAAAGCUGCUUGGCAGGAGGAGUUGCAAAAGAUGGAGAGUACCUGGGUCAGGAGGCUGGAGGAGGCGAAGAGAGCUAAACACACAGAGACUGCUGAGGAAACCUGUCAGACAGAUGAGAGCAAGGCCGGCAGCGUGAUAAUUACUGUUGAGGAGCUGGACUCCAGGCUCAGUGCCCAGAAACAACGGCUGCAGCUGGAAGCUGACAAAGUCAAACGCAAAGCUGUGGAGGAGGCCAGGAAACAAACCCAGAGAGAGCUUCACGACAAACACCUUGAGGACAUGGCCAAACAGGUUGAAGGUGCUGUAACCAGAGCCUACAGCCGCUGGCUUGAGGAUUUGACCUCACUACCAGAGUACAAAGCCACUCUCCAAAAAGAGAGGGAGAAAUGGGAAGAGCUUCAUGAGAAACUUUUAGAACAACAGGUGUCUCAGGCCCUGAGGGUGGCAGAGGAGCAGUGGCAGGAGAGGCACAGCAGCCAACUGGAGGAGCAGCAGUCUGGAGCCCAGAGGAUAGAAGAGCUCCAAGAACAGGUGGCAGCUCUCCAGAGCCAGCUGGAGCAAGUGAGAGCAGAGCAGGCUGCCCUGCUGAAAGCUGAGCUGGCUGGAGCUAGAGCCUCUUGGACCCGAGACAAACAGCAGGAGAUCUCCAUCAUCCAGGUUCGCAGUGAGCAGGCAUACAACACCAAGCUGCAAGAGCAACAAAGAAAACUAGAUGAGGCUUUACAACAAGCCAGAGAGGAGGCCAGCCUCCAGAAGAAUGAGCUGCUGCUGCAGAUGGAGGCUGAGCUGCAGAAGGCUCUGCAGGCCAGAGAGGAGGAGUGGAGAGGCCAGCAGGUGGAGAAGGAGCAGGCAUACAGAAGGCAGAUCAGGGAGGAUUUUCUAACAGAGCUUCAGAACGGACUGGUAGAGCUGCAGGCACAACUUCUCAGGGAGCCAAACACAGGACAGCAGAAUACUGAAGAAUCAAAGAGGGCCAGUGGGGCUACCUCAGAGGGCACUUUAACACACAUCAUUCAGUCAUCCUGCAAAGAUAUAAUAACCAAAGUGGUAUCCCAAGCCAAAAAGGAGUGGAAGAAAAUAAGUGAGGAGAAGCUGAGUCGUGUGUUGAAAGAAACCCAGGAACACCAUGAGAGAGAAAUCGACAAAAUACAAAGCUGUGUGUCCAGGACGACGGAGCAGGCUCGCUGUGGAAAGCAGUGUGCAGAGGCUUUAGGCAAGCUGCAGAAGAAGAACCAGGACCUGCAAAGACACUUGGAGAAAGCCUGCCGCCAACUGCAGCAGACAGUCCGACAGCACAAGGCUGCCAUGCAGCAGCUUACAGCUGAGCAUGAAGGCAGUUUACGACAGGUGAAGGAGGACCAUCUGCUCCAACUAGAGGAAGUGAGAAGAUCCAAAGAAUCCUCAGGGGGUUCUGAAAACCAGCAAAACCUUCAGCUAGCCCUUGAGGAGAUGAAACAACAAUACUUGAUGACUGUAGAAAAGAUCAGAGGAGACAUGCUGCGGUACCUGCAGGAGAGUAAGGAGCGAGCAGCAGAGAUGAUCCGCUCAGAGGUGCAGAGGGAGAGGCAAGACACUGCCAGGAAGAUGCGGCACUACUAUCUGACCUGUCUGCAGGAGUUACUGGAGGACGGAGGACAGGCUACAGGGGCUGAAAAAAAAAUAAUGAAUGCUGCCGGGAAGCUUGCAGCCAUGGCCAAAGUGCUAGAGACACCUCUCAAAAGGAAAUCUGUAAAGAACCACAGCUUACCAGGUUCAUCGGCAGCUGGGUCCACCACUGGCAACACUCCAGGCAGAAAAGCAAGUGUCAGCAGGAAGCCAUCUGCAGUUAUUCAGGUUUCUGAGAUCCAACCAGAGGAGAGAACCCACAGGAAUCAGACUGACGUUGACUCAGACAUUCAAGCACCCUUACAAGUGAGGACUAAACCUUUGAGUAAAGCUGCCCCCCUGGACACUGCUCUGUCUGGGAAGGACCAGACGUCAAAGGAAGCAGGGUUGAAAGGCCAAGCACAUCUCCCCUCUUACAAACCUUCUCGGCAGGUGAUGUCUACGUCCCAGGUGGGUUUUGCCAGUUCAUCUCUAAGGAGUAAGAGUAGGGAUCUGUACCUUCAGGGAGGAAACACUGUUAAAGCAGGCGAUCACUUUGAUUCAGAGCGACAGAGUAAACCCCUCCUCAUUCAGGACACUCCUGUCAGAGAUGAGAGACAAAGCAACUGGAGCAUCAUAAGUGAUGACUCAAAUGCAGGCUUCCAAAUCCCAACACUUUCCUACUCAGGAAGGAAAGUUGAACCGGUGAAGCCGUUUUCUCUGCACGCUCCAUCACCCACUGACCCAGGAGAGUUUGGCAGCUUCACCACAGACUUCACUGACAUAACGGUUUACAAUGAAAUCACCAAGAUGCCACAUCACAACACAGCCUUGAACUUUCCCUGCACAAAGAUGAGCACACACAGAGAGCCCACUCCCGGCGCUGAAGGCGAGAAUCAGCAGGGAGUUUGUUCAAAGGCUCUGUUCUCCGAACUGAGGCAGCACCAGCAGGACAGUGGCUUUGACAGUCCUUUCUACCAACAAAAAUAAGAUGGUGAAUGAAGUAUUGACUUAACGGUUUUGUACGCCAUAUGGUGCCUUAAAUUGCCUUUAACAAGAUGUAUUCAGUUCACAUGCAGUAGAACCAUUUCUUCCAUAGUUGCUUGCAGUGUUUAAAUGUGUUUAAAUGUUUAAAUGUGGUUAUAUAUAGUCUGUCUUUCGGUGUAAACAAAACACUGGCCACAUAUAAUGCCUGUUCUGGGCUAGAUGAUGUGGUUUCUCCUCUUAGUCAUGACAUUCAUUUAUAUUUGACACACAUACACACACACACAAAAAACAUUUACAGGGAGUCUUUUAACUAUUUGGGCAUAAACAUGUUUAUUUAUUUUGGCUCAUUGUCCUCAGUAUUACUUUUGAAUGUUUUACAUCACAGUAACACUGCAUUUGAGGGGGCUUGCAUUUGCAGCUGAGAGGACUUGCACUCAUAUUGCCUGAAUCUCUAAAGAAAAAGAACCUCAUUUGACAGUGUAUGCACAAGUUUCGCUAUGACUCCAAGCAGGUCUUAAUCACACUUGCCGCAGGUACCAUGAUCUGCGUUAGAGUAAACAAAGCUCUUAGCUGUCAAAAUAGCUUUGAAUAAACCUGCAUUUGUGACAGAGCUCUCUACAAAUGCCCUCAAAAUGAAACUGGCGGGCUGCCCUUAAGUCCAGGUGUCAGGCUGUCAUUUGCAUCCAAAAUUGGAACAGAGCCAAAACAAAAUAAUGUCCAAAUAAUUACAGUCCUCAGUGAAUAUCUUUUCAUUUUACAGCAUAUUGAUAGAUAUACCAUGACAUUAAAAAAAAUAGUCUACCCUACAACAGAACUCACAUUUUAGACUUGAGGACAUAAAACAUUCUUUCAAAGUCACAAAACCCAAGACUGUUUCACUGAAAGAAUUGGAGUUAAAUGUUCAAGACAGAGUGGAUGCACUGUGCUGGCAUGAAUGUUAAAACUCAAAUUCUUUGAUUAUGUUGCAUUUAAGUGAACAUCCCUCAGUUUUGUUCAUGCAUGCCUCAACUUCUGCUCAAGAGGGUAGACAUCUGCUGCACCAACAGCACCCGGUGUGUGUAUUCCACUCAUUUGCAUUGCAGUGAUACUCAGUUAUACUCUGCACUUUUUUUGUCUUUUGCAAUGGCUAUCAAUAGAUUCUAUUGAGUUAUCUGCUUAUUUAAAUUUAAAUUUAAAUUAUUUUAGUAUAUAUAUGAAGUUCAUGACUUAUGCUGUGCAUAGUGGAUAAAUAAACCUUUUUUACUCAUG